UUUUAUUUUGCCGGAAAGAAAAGAAAACCUAGAACUUUCCUCGGUCUACCAUUUCUCUCAGUUUCCUAAUACCCUUUAUAUUUAUACUCUCAUUUUCUCUGGUAAUAAUUUACCAUACCAGGCAAGGAUGUUGAUGACCAGGAUGUUGUCACGCCUUUCGAGGAGCGUCGGCCGACGCCCUCUGGUUCUACACUCUCCGUCUCCGUCCCAUAAUCACCACCUCUUGCCGAUCCUCUCUCAUUAUUUUCACUCUCUUGUACAUGAGUAUGGAUAUCCUGGCAAGUGUAUUACAAGGAAGGUGUGUCUGUUUCAUCAUUCAGCACUAAACUCCUCUCCUUUUCAAAAUUUUGGGUUCACUUCAUCUGCAUCUCCUGAGCCUACUGAAAAGGAGCAGGUGAGUGCUGUAGACUCUAACUGUGAUCCCACAAAUGCAGAGUCAGGAAAAACAAAUGGAAGUGCAGGCCUUUCUGAUAAGACAGAAGAUUCAGUUUUGCAUGAGACCAAAGAGUCAGGUUUCAACUCAGAGUCCCAACAAACCAUAUCCCGAUCAGUUAAAAGAAGGAGAGGUACUAAACGAACUGCCUAUUCUGAUUCAGAUUCUGAGGCUGGGAGUGAUCUAUCUAUGGAUGAUUUGGUGAAGCUUGUGGCGGAGAAGGAGGAACUCCUGGAAGCAAAGCAUAAGGAGAUUGAGACAAUGCAAGAUAAAGUUCUCCGCACAUAUGCUGAAAUGGAAAAUGUGAAGGAAAGAACAAAACGUGAAGCAGAGAACUCUAAAAAGUUUGCCAUACAGAAUUUUGCAAAGAGCCUACUUGAUGUUGCAGACAAUUUGGGAAGAGCUUCAUCAGUUGUCAAAGGCAAUUUCUCAAAAAUCGAUGUUUCUAAUGACACUGCCCAGGUAGUGCCACUCCUUAAGACACUUUUGGAAGGAGUUGAAAUGACUGAGAAACAGCUUGGAGAGAUAUUUAAGAAGUAUGGAGUAGAGAAAUUUGAUCCAACAAAUGAGCCAUUUGAUCCACAUAGGCAUAAUGCAAUAUUCCAGGUUCCAGAUGCUUCUAAGCCUCCAGGGACAGUAGCUGCUGUUCUCAAGGCAGGAUACAUGCUCCAUGACAGAGUUAUUCGACCAGCUGAAGUCGGUGUGACUCAAGCAGUGGAGAAUGGUGCUGAAGCAAAUGAAUAGGGAGUAGGAACUAGGAAGGCACUUAUACAUGAAGACAUGACAUGGUAGAGAUUCCAAAGUUUUUUGUUCUUCCCAGGAGAAUGAGAUGUAACAUUUCUUGUCACAUUCAACUGUGCCUUGAGAAGGACUUUUUUUUUUUUUUU